AUGGCGCUGAGCAACCUGCUCUUCGCCCAGUGCGUCGGCUACUUCCUGGCCUUCCUCUGCAGCUUCGUGGUGGUGGUGCCGCUGUCCGAGAACAGCAACGACUGCCGCGGCCGCUGCCUGCUCUUCACCGAGGGCAUGUGGCUCAGCGCCAACCUGACGGCGGAGCGACAGCGCUUCACCGUGCAGGAGUGGGGGCCGCCGGCCGCCUGCCGCUUCAGCGUCUUCGCCGGGCUGCUCUCCCUGCUGCUGGCCGCCGCGCAGGCCUGGCGGACGCUCUUCUUCCUCUGCAAGGGCCACGAGGACUCUUUCUUUUAUGCCUUCCUGAAUCUGCUGAUCAGCGUCUUUGUGGUUUUUGUCAUCUUUAUUGCUAGCACUAUAGUGAGCGUAGGAUUUAACAUGUGGUGUGAUGCUGUUACCGAAAAAGGAAGCAUGCCAAAUAGCUGUGAAGAACUACAGGAUAUAGAUCUUGAACUGAAUUUAGAAACCUCUGCCUUCUAUGAUCAGUUUGCUAUUGCACAGUUUGGUCUCUGGGCUGCCUGGCUGACUUGGCUGGGAAUUACCAUUUUGGCCUUCCUGAAGGUUUAUCACAACUACAGGCAGGAAGAUCUGCUAGACAGCCUGAUCCAUGAGAAGGAGCUGCUACUAGGACGAUCCUCUUCACGAACCUUUUUGCAGGAUGAGAAAAGUGGCAUGAUCUAA